AUAUAUAGAGAUCACAAUGGGGGAGGAGCUCCAACCAGCACACCUUCACCGAUACAGAUCCGUUUUCCUUAUCUUCUUCAAAGUCUUCUCAGCCUGGUUAUAUCCAUUAAUCAGUCAUCUCAGCUUCAUCACCAUUUCAGUUCUUCGGGGGGAAGCUCUUCUUUCCUCAACUCUUUGGUGCUGCUCUGCAUCAUCUUAUUUUCUUUCUAGCUUGCAAGAACACUUGCAUCUUGCACCGAAAUGGACAGAGUCAUGAGGCUGGCGUCGCAGCGGGCGGUGGUGGUCUUCAGCUUGAGCUCAUGCUGCAUGUGCCACACCAUCAAGCGGCUCUUCUGCGAGCUGGGGGUGAACCCGGGGAUCCACGAGCUCGACGAGGAUCCCAACGGGAAGGACAUGGAGCGAGCACUGGCGAGAAUGCUGGGCUGCAACUCGCCGGUGCCCGCCGUGUUCAUCGGCGGCAACCUUGUUGGACCAACCGACAAGGUCAUGUCCCUUCACCUCGGUGGCAAGCUUGUGCCGCUGCUCCGCGACGCAGGAGCUAUCUGGCUCUGAUGAUUCUGAGAUGAUGGAGACAAAACAAACCACAGAUCUCUGAGUUAAUGUUUUGGCUUACUGCUAC